UUGCCCCGGGCAUCACAGUCUAUGGGCAUCACAUGCCUUAAAAAAAAAUUAUGGAAAUGAUAAAAAAUUUAGCUGAUAACGUAUUUAAAGAUUAAGCAAUUUUUGUGUAUUAAUUUCUUUCUCCUUUUAAACUUUGUUUGCAUUUAAAAUAGGAUAAUUAUUACUUUACAAGGUUUUCAUUAUCCAUUUGAACAUACGCGUUUUCAUUGGCCUUUUGUUCGCAUGAUAGAAUAAAAAGCGUUAAAAAAAAAAUUUUCUCAUUCAACGUUUGUAAAAGUCUAACUUCUAAUAGUUUAACUUAUUUUUGCUUAAACCUUGCGUUCCUGUGGAUACUUUUGAGCAUAUGUAUAUUUUUGACUCGCUUGCAUUUCGUUCCGACUAUAUUUUGACAAGAAACUUAUCUUCAGUGGAUAUUUUAAUUGUAAGUACUGACUUUUUCUCUGCAAUCAAUAACACCAAAGUAUUAUAAAAUUUUUAAUUUUUAAAAUUUAAAAAGUUAAAAUUCUUUGUAUCGUCAUAAGUUUUAGCAUGAAUAAUCAAAGACCUCCACGAUUGAACCAGCUGUCUGGAGCUGCUGGGAGAAAAAGAGCGAUGAUUCGGGAAAAAAACGAAAGCAAAAACAAACGAACGCUUUUAGAUUGCGUUCGUUGGACAAAAAUCGAAGAUAAAUGCAAGCAGUUCAAUGAUAUUGAGAUCGGUAUCAAUGACUCUAAUGAGUUGCCAGACCAUAAUUCUGACAAACUUUUUCUUGCCGAUGACAUCGAUGACUCCCAAAAAACAUCAUCACAUUUAAAAAAGGAUCAGUUGGAUUUUGUACUUGAUUGUCACAAUGACCAACAAAUUUAUAAAAGUGAUCUUUCUAUACCAAUCUCUAACGAUCCUGCACUAUGGAAAUCAAUAUCAGACACUGAUCGAACGAAUAUAAUUCUGAUGGGACCUUCUUCAAAUCCUAGCAAUUUUCCAAGAGAUCAAAAAGAACGCAAAUUCCCUACUUAUAUCUUUUUAGAGGAACAAAGAAACGGAGAAAAAGUUAGAAGAGAUUGGUUCAUUUGGAGUAAGGCUGUGGCAUCACUCUUUUCUUUCCCUUGCUCCCUUUUUGGAUCGCCUAACUUAACCAGACCCGGUGUUCAAUCCAGUUUGUUGUCUUGGAAUGGAUGUAAACAUGGAAAUUGGAGAAAACUUUCAGAUCGCGUUAAAAGUCAUCAACAAAGCGAUUUUCGCCGUAACUGUUAUCUCCAAUGGAAAACAGCUACGAUUCACUUGAAAAGUCAAAAGUCCAUUGAGCAUUAGUUAGAAAAACAAAUUGGAGAUGAAACAAAGCGAUGGAAAGUAAUUUUACAAUGCAUUCUUGACGUCACAAUUUUUCUAGCUUCAAGGAACUUAGC